CCGCCAAUCGUGUCCUUCUGGGCUGUAGCCACCAUCUGAGACGCAGCCAUUUGCAUCCGUCUUCACAUCAAAAACAAAGUCCCCGUCACUCAGCAGCACUUUGGACCUACACGGUCAUCAUAGCAAUAAUGGCAGAGAUCGCAGCAGGCGCGAUAGCAGCCGAGCAGGUCGUCAUGACGGGCGUCGAAGCGGCCGCUGCUGUGGCAGUGGCCAAGCCCACAGGCCCCCUCAAGGGCACGCUCAGCCAGGUCACGGUGCCGCUGGAGCAAGACACUUUAUCAAGCCUCGCACGAUCCCACCAUACCGUCACCGUGAUUGGCGACAGAGCAUACAUCUUCGGCGGCGAGGAGGCCGGCGGCCAGCUCUGUAACACGGAUGUGCACGCCGUCACGCUGUCCAGCGGUCCCCGCGACGACACCACCGCCGUUCACUCGGCCCAAGACGCCUACGACACGGCACCGGCGCAGCGAAGCCACGACCGCUACCCCGCGUUCCCGCUCAAAGACGCCACGACGGGCGAGCUCCUCGUCCCCAGGCCCCGCACGCGCCACGCGGCGGCGGCGAGGGGCAACUAUCUGCUCGUGCACGGCGGCGUGAACGCGUCGGGCGCCGCCCCGCCCGACAAGAUGGCCGUCGAGGACGCCGCCACCAUCUGGCUGUGGGACGCGGGCAGCCUCAAGUGGGCGCGCAUCCACGCGUCGGUGCAGAUCGGUGCGUCGCUCGCCCCGCGCUGGGGACACGCCCUCUUCGUCGACGAGGGCCAGGACGUGCUCGUGCUGCACGGCGGCCGCACCGCCGCCGGCCCCAGCGCCGAGACGUGGCUGUACGACUUCAACACCCUGGCAUGGAUGGAGCUGCCGCCGGCGCCCGUCGCGUCGCCCGACGCGGCCAACGUCGCCUUCUCGGACGGCACCCUCUUCGUCGUCUCGACUGACCCGGGAAUCGAGGGGAGCAGCUCGUCGCUCGGCGCCACGGUGCACUUUCUCAAGCUGGGCAGGUCCGCCGAUGAGCGCGAGAAGACGCUGCGUUGGGAGCGCGUCGACUUCCCGUCGAACCCGCUCGCCCCGGGGCCCAAGGUGCGCGACGGCGGGGCGCUCGUGCCGGUGUCGACUGGCUACGGCCGGGGACACUUGAUAUACAUGUUCGGGGCCACGACCGCGGAGGCGAAAGCGGGCCAGGAGUUCCAGCCGGACGUGUGGUCGCUGCAGCUGCCGUCCAGCGCCUUCACGCCAUCGUCGAUCAAGGAUGCCAUCCGCGAGAAGCUGCCGGGCGUCGCGUCAGAGUCGCUGACGUGGUCCGAGGUCGAGAUCGUUCCGACCGAGAUGCUGGGGCACGAGGGCAAGGCGCACCCGGGUCCGAUUGCAUUCUUUGGAGCGACGCCGUGCCUCGGGGGCAAGGGGGUCUUUAUGUGGGGAGGCUCGACGGCGGACGGAGAGAAGCAGGCGGAUGGCUGGUUAUUGGAGGUUUCUUAGGCGACUAGAAUCCUAGAAAACGGGCGG